UUUAUUAUUGUGGCAAAAAGUAUUGCUUGGACACAAAAAAAAUAUAAAAACAGCGAUUUUGUUUGUCACUUCAAGUGAACUUCAAAAUUAACAUGUCAGUGGAACCGCUUUAAAUCGCGAAUAUGUAAUUAUAUGUAGGUGUAGCUUCUUAAUUAACCUUCUUUAUUAAUGACAACCGAGGACUUUUAUAGUACGGUUUACACAAUGUUUCUUUUAUUAUUAAAAUAUCAAAUAUGAAGACCGGAGGUAUUUUCGCGUUCUCACUGGGUUGAAUUUUUUCAAAUUGAAUAUUUUCUUUAUUAAAACAAUAUAAAGCUAAGAUCUGCCUAGUUCCUAUCUAACAAAUGAGAAUUAACAUUUAGUGUUCACUAAAGUGUCAUUUUGAAAAUGCAUUGGCUAAGCGGGAAAAAUUAUAAUCGAAGUAGGCCACUAUUUAAUUCCUGGUUGGCACCACAGAUCCAUAUAUUCACGACACGACACAAUUACAGUUCGUGCUAAAACACAGCCAAAACUGGAUUACAAUGACACAUUUCCAGCAUUGGGAGCAGGAAUUGCAACGGCUUGAGGAGGACGUGGGCACGGUUCGGAUUCUGAUACUGGGCGAUCCAGGUGUGGGAAAAACAUGUUUGACUAACUUGCUGGCUAACAGCGCGAUCACGCCAACACGCUCCUCCCGAACCGUUGCCGACAGCGAAUGGACCGUCCAAGCACGUCUGCAUGAGUACCCCAUCACGGAAAACCUCCCACUUACACCGGAGUGGACGUCGCCCUCCUCAUCGGAGCGGUCAAACCAAUGGAUGUUCCCGAGAGAACCGCCACCCGCUUCAGAAGUGAUAUACUUCGUAGAGUUCUACGAUAAGAACAGCUCAAUGAGCAAGUGUCGAGUGGACAGAAAUCCCUUGUAUAGGAAUAUAGACGGAAUCGUCUUGGUUUAUAAUAUGCAAGACAUGCAAUCACAGGACCAUUUGCACGACUGGAUGUACGGUCCACUGCUCGAGAUAAGCCAGCACCGCCACAACAAACGCAAACGUAUAUUAGACCGGCAUCAUGUGCCCAUCCUAGUCGUGGGCACCAUGUUGGAUAGGCUGCUCAAACGCCCGCUACGUCGCUAUGGAACCAUUGCCCAUCAAUUGGGGGCUGAGGAGAUAUUCCUCAAUUGCCUGGAUCAACACUCAUUUGAUGAAAAAACCCGCAAUCACGGAAAGGUGCAGAAUUUCUUGAACAGAGUCGUCGACUUUAAGAUAUUUAACCCCAAAUGAAUACAUUACAUCACAUAUGCCAUAAUAUAUAUUAAGUAGAUUUUAGAUUUAUUGAAAUUUAUGACUGACUCUUUAUCGCCCACGGGGACAAGUUCUUAGCCAGGGGGCCACUGCAUUUGACGACCGCCGAGGAAAUGCAAGUGCAAAUGGUACACCGACUGAGCUCCAUGUUGUCCAUUGUUGAUGACCACGCGAUAGCCCUUAUCCAGUCCCAGGUCCUUGGCCACCUUGCGGCCGACGAGCAUGAGGUGACCCAGCAGCUCGCCAUCGCCAUCUUCCGACAGGGAGAGCUGAGCAAUUGGUUUUCU